UGUGAAAGGAAAGCGAAGCCCCGGGUUUUUCCUAGGUCUUCCGUACCGCUCCUCGCCGAUAGCUGCCGCCAGCCGUUGAGCAGUCGUCGGAGUGGGAGCCGUGUCUGCCUCUGGUAAUCCCCACAGAUUACGUGGUCAUCGCCGACGACUUGAACCGAGGGUUUCACCUUUUGGAUCAUUGUCUUCACUUCCAUGGAGGAGUCCACAAAGAGGAGGGAGAGGCUUCGGGCCAUGAGCUUGCAGGCUUCUCGGGCCAUGGUCACCACCUUGGAACCCUCCUACUCACCCUUGACUGUUCCCCCACCACUCCUUUUGCUACCUCAAAUCUCUAACUCUCCAAUCCAGCCACCACUGGCCCUUGAGUGCCAGCCAUCCAUCUCUAAUAGUGAUUUCUUUAUCACCGAUCCCCUGUCAGCCUUCACGUCCAGCAAGAGGAUGCGAGGUGUUGGUGCCAUCGGAUUUAACUCUUCCAGCCAUGGUGUUGGUACCAUCGGAUUGACUCCCUCAACCCCCUAUCAUCCAGCACCAUCAUCUUUUCCUACUGUUAUAGCAGGAAGAGGGAACAAUCAGUUUCAUAUGUCCCAGCCUCCAGAUUCUAUUUCUUAUAAAAUGCCAUCAUGUGGUCUUCAUAGCAGUCCGUGGAGAAGCCCUGUACGGUUGCUAACUCCUUUCUCUGGGCACCAAGGAACUCCUGCUAGUGGCCGAGGUUCCUGGAAUAGAUCUGGUGGUAUCCGUGGCUUUCCCACAAACUCUCCAAUUAGUGUUCUCUCAGGCCCUCAUUUUGGACCUUGGGGAAGCCCUAAUAGCAUUGCCCAAAGUAGUGGUACUCCACAAUCAAUUUCUGUCAGAGGCAGUAGCCUACAAAUUAGCAGUGGCUCAAGUCUGAAACCAGCUACUUGUGGUAGAGGCCAAAGUUCUAAUGACAAAGCCUCAGUUCAAAGAAAACCUAAGAGAUACUACUGUAAGUCAAUGCUUGAAGAUCCUUGGCGCAACUUAGAACCUAUUGUUGGAAAUAUACUGGAGCCAAUGGCUGGCCCUGGAUAUUGGCUUCCAGAAUCAAUAUCUGGGAAGAAACGUAAAGUAUCUGAGACUCAGAGUAUCAAUAAACUUAAUUCUAAGUGGAGCCUUGCUGAGGUCCUUGCAGAUUCUUUUGAAGAGGCCAUCAAUCAUGAUUAAAUUUAAUCUUAAGUCCCACAAUUGCUUCUAACAUUUUAUGGGAAUAUUUUGCAACAGCUAUAACAUUAUGGAUCAUCGAAGAUAUGAUUAUCAGCAUCAUGAGUGUUUUUGUUGGCAAGAUCGACUAAAUUAGGUGCAGAAUGAUUGUAGAAAAUGAUGUUUGUUUGAGCAAUAUGCAUAUAAAGUUGCGGUUGGAUUGAAUAUCAAGCACUGCUGUAUCAAAUGAAACUGUAUUGAUAUAGUUGAUCUGCAAAGCUAACAAGCUAUGUAUAUAAGCCUAAGAUUUGAGUCAAGGGCUCAGGAAUAUUCUUGGACAAUUGGAAUUGAUGUGCUGCUCAGUGUAAUUUUCAUUUCUAGUGUGUAGGAAGAUGUUUUAUUUAUAAAUUAUGAUGCAAAUGCAAUAUUAACUGCAA